UGUGCGCCUGGUCCAUUUCCUGGUCCGACCUUCUCAUAUAAAUACGCAGGGUUACAAGACAGGAGUUCGUCAGAAAAUACAAACCCAAUGAUUCCUAUAUGUCCAGUGGUCUCCUUCACCUAUGUGCCCAGCCGGCUUGGUGAAGAUGCCAAAAUGGCUACCGGCAACUACUUUGGAUUUACCCACGGUGGUGCUGCACAGUACAGUCAGCAGCCAGCUGCGGGGGUGGCCUACACCCACCCUACCACCGUGGCCAGCUACACCGUACACCAGGCACCGAUGGCGGCCCACUCCGUGGCAGCAGCCUACGCUCCCACCGGCGCCACAGUCGCCGUAGCCAGGCCUGCCCCUGUCGCCGUGGCAGCAGCAGCCACUGCCGCAGCCUACGGAGGGUACCAGGCGGCGCACGCCACCGCUGACUACGGCUACGCGCGCCAGCCGGACGUCCCCCCGCCGCCCCCCCCUGUCACGUCCCAGAACUACCAGGUAGGAUACCAGGACUCCUACUCCUAUGUACGGUCCACGGCCCCAGCGGUAACCUACGACCCCAAGCAGUACUACCAGCAGCCCGUAGCUAGCGCUGCGGUAGCCGUACAGCCCCAACCCACCGCCGAGUCCUACUACCAGACCGCCUCCCUUAACACCUCCUGGGACACCACGUGGAAGAAAUCCCUACCAGCCCCUAAGACAGGCUACAGCCAGGCCAGUCUGACCCCCUACACCCAGACGCAACAGUCUCGUCAGGUGACGGCCAUCAAGCCUGUCACUCCCUCCCCUGCUUCCUCCACAUUCUCCAUUUACCCCGUGUCCUCCGUACAGCCUGUGGCUGCCGUCGCCUCAGUUGGCCCCUCCUACUCUCAGAGCCCCACCUACUCCACCAACGCGGUCACGUACUCUGGUAAGCACGACAUGCAAGCCGUAACCAGCAUGCACUACCUGCCAACUACCUACUCAACCAACGCAGUCACGUACUCCCAGAGUCCCACGUAUAGUACCAACCCCGUCGCCUACUCUGGUACGUCGUACUCGGGCUACGAAGCUGCGGUGUACUCGGCUGCCUCUACCUACUACCAGCAACAACAGCAACAGCAGCAGAAACAGGCGGUGGCGGCUGUAGCAGCUUCAGCAGCCUGGACAGGCAGCUCCUUCACCAGGAAACCUCCCUUCCAGAGCAAGCAGCUGAAACCCAAGCAGCCCCCCAAACCACCACAGAUCCACUACUGUGAUGUCUGCAAGAUCAGCUGUGCAGGACCCCAGACCUACAAGGAGCACCUGGAGGGCCAGAAGCAUAAGAAGAAGGAGGUGGCCCUGAAAGUCUCCCAGAGCAGCAGCAGCAGCAGUAGUGGAGGAGGGGGCUCAGCCCGGGGGACUCAGAACCAGCUCCGCUGUGAGCUCUGUGACGUGUCCUGCACCGGGGCAGAUGCAUACGCCGCACACAUCCGAGGAGCCAAGCACCAGAAGGUGGUGAAGCUCCACACCAAGCUGGGGAAGCCCAUCCCUUCCACAGAACCCAGUGUAGUGACCCAAACCUCCACGGCCUCCUCCUCCAAGACUCCUGUCUCCUCCUCUACCACCCCCACAGGCUCCACCUCCAACUCCUCCUACCUGAAGCCGGUUAACAUCGUGAGCCAGGGUGGUGCGGGGGCCGGACUGGGGAAGGGUCUAGUGGGGAACAACCUAUCAGCAGCCAAUGCCACCACAGCUGUCAAGAAGGUCAACACCCCCAAGAUCAACUUUGUCGGGGGAAACAAGCUCCAGACUACCGGGAAGGUGGAGACAUCCAAGCCUCCUCCGCCCUCAUUGGUCCCCCAACCUCAGGAGACAAAGAACGAGUCCUCUGAUUCGCUGUCUACCCUGGCCGCCUUGCAGAAUGACGUGCAGCCCGUUGGACACGACUAUGUGGAAGAGGUGCGUAACGACGAAGGCAAGGUGAUCCGGUUUCACUGUAAGCUGUGUGAAUGUAGCUUCAACGAUCCCAACGCCAAAGAGAUGCAUCUGAAGGGCAGGAGACACCGCCUGCAGUACAAGAAAAAGGUGAACCCGGAGCUACAGGUGGAGGUGAAGCCCUCUAUCAGAGCCAGGAAGAUCCAGGAAGAGAAGAUGAGGAAACAGAUGCAGAAGGAGGAGUACUGGAGGAGGCGAGAGGAAGAGGAGAGAUGGAGGAUGGAGAUGAGGUAUGGCGAGAUAGGACGUUAUGAGGAGGAGAUGUACUGGCGUCGUAUGGAGGAGCAGCACCACUGGGACGACAGGCGUGGGGGCCCCAGGAUGCCAGGGGACGGACCAUACCUCCAGGGGACCCCUGGCCCACCUGGUCUCCUGGGGGUUCGGCCUGGCAUGCCCAUCCCUCAGCCACAGGGACCCGUGCCUCCCCGUCGGCCGGACUCAUCAGACGACCGUUACGUGAUGACGAAGCACGCGACCAUCUACCCCUCUGAGGACGAGCUGCAGGCCAUCCAGAAGAUCGUCUCUAUCACAGAGAGAGCCCUCAAACUGGUCUCGGACAUCAUCAUCGACCAGGACAAGACCAAGGAGACUACUGGGGAGGACAAGGAUACAAAAGAGGUUUCCAAGACUCCCCAAGACCGAGCUCUGAAGGGGGUGAUGAGGGUGGGGGUCCUGGCUAAAGGACUGCUGCUCUGUGGAGACAACAAUGUCAACCUGGUCCUGCUUUGCUCAGAGAAACCCACCAAGAACCUGCUCAGCCGCAUAUUGGAGCAUCUUCCCAAGCAGCUGACGGUGGUGACCCCAGAGAAGUACGAGGUGAAGGGUUCCAUCGAGAACUGUUCCAUCAUCCUGGCGUCUGGAGCUGACCCCAAAAUGACAGUCACCAUCACCCUGACCUCCCCCAGCAUCCGAGAGGAGGAGGAGACCCCUACCACACCCCCGCCACGGGACGGAGAUGUAACCUUGGUGAAAGACCCAGAGGACGUCUUGGACAGGCUAAAAUGCCUUGCCGCUCUGGCGGCUCUGCGGCACGCUAAGUGGUUCCAGGCUAGAGCGAACGGACUCCAGUCCUGUGUGAUUGUUAUUCGUAUCCUGCGUGACCUCUGUCAGAGGGUCCCCACAUGGUCCGCCUUCCCCAGCUGGGCCAUGGAGCUGUUGGUAGAGAAGACCAUUAGCAGUGCCUCUGGCCCCCUGAGCCCAGGCGAUGCACUGAGACGAGUCUUUGAAUGUAUUUCCUCUGGGAUUCUGCUCCCCGGUGGCCCGGGAUUGGUCGACCCGUGUGAGAAGAACCCCACUGAUACCCUGACAGCCAUGGAGGAGCAGCACCGAGAGGACAUCACCUCAAGUGCCCAGUUUGCUCUGCGGCUGCUCGCCUUCCGUCAGAUCCACAAGGUGCUGGGCAUGGACCCACUGCCCCAGAUGAACCCUCGCUUCAACGUCUGCAACAACCGCAAGCGUCGCCGCGACAACAGCGACGGAACGGACGGAUUCGAGGGUGAAGGGAAGAAAGACAAGAAGGAUUUCGACAGCAGCUGCUAGGACCUGCCCCCCCACAAAAUUAAUUUAAAGUUGUGUGCGUCUGUGUGUGUGGCCACGUUUCAGGCUGACUACAUUGCAGUCACCUGCCGGAAUCUCACAACACCUGGAUGUGUGUUUUUAAGAUGAGCGCUAACCACCGUAUAGCACUCUGAUGAUGGAUAACGUGGCGUGCAACCAUUGGUUGAUGCACUGCACUGCAAUGUCGUCUGCCUGGAACGAGCCCUAUGCACUUCUGUCACCUACUACAGGUGGGUUUGUGUCAAUGCUCAAGACCAACAUCGGACAGGGCCUGGUCCUGUAAGCCAUGAGUAAAUCAGGGUUGUAUUCAUUUGGGCACGUAACAGAAUGUUUUUAAACAUUUUGCAAUUGGGGGGGGGGGCUGAGCAUUUCUAUUGUCAGUCUGUUUUCUUCGUUUUUGGUCCCAAAUGAAUACGACCCAGUUUGACUGAAUAGGCCUAAUGCAGUACCCAGUUUGUCCACGAUGUUCUGUUUUGGUAGCGAUUGAUAUGACCUGUGGUUAGAACCUAUAAACAUCUCCUUCCUAGCUGAUUCUACCCCCCCCCCCCUUUUAUUUCUCCAGUAGAAGUUACCACGACAACGGGGCUUCCUUUUCCCAACCUUCUCCCUUUUAGACUGAUUGUCCGUCUUUUUUUGUUGUUGUUAUUUUGUGUUACAGACUUUCCAGUCUUUUUCGAGUUACGAAAACGUAAACUAGAGUGAGAUCUGUUUUUGUUCCAGUUGUUGUUUUUUAGAUCAGGAAGAUCUACGGUAAAUGUUGAUGCAUCACAUGCAUGUUAUUUCUAGUUGCAUAUAUUCAGUGUUGGCUGUUUUUUUUAGUAAAUUUAAAUACCCAUUUAUGAAGCACAUAAUUCGAUCAGUCACCAGUAAAUGUUUUAUUUUCCUAAAAACUGUAAUUUUGAAUAUGAUCUUCUUUUUAAGUGUCAUGAUGCUUGUUAAAAGUAGUGUAAAAGCUACAGUCCCAUUGUUGUUUUGUUACGGCCAGCGUGUUCUGGUGUUUAACACAGGCUCCUUAACUGUGGUGUUUGUACUACAUUUCUGAGGGAAAACACUGAUUCCUAAUUUGUUGUUUUGAACGUAGCUCUCUCUAAUAUAUCUAUAUAUACCUAUGAUAAUCUUGCAAUAGAUCAAAGUGUUUUAGUUUGGAAGAACUCACGGACGUGCUUUCAGAUUUUGUUAUUUGUAUUAUGGCUUUUAACAUUUUGGUUUAACAGAUUAUAAUGGGACAUUUAUUGGCUUGCCCCAAAUCUUGGUUUAACGCUGCGUACAUAUAGUUCUUUUGAAUAAUGUAUAGAAAAUGAAAAACUGAUUGGAUUAAAAAAAAGACGAGCGUAACGUUGUUGUUUUAAACGUAGAUCCAUUUAAUGUUUGACUGUCAGCCUGUCUCUGCCUCGCUCUCGGUCUGUCUCUCUGCCUCUCUCUCGGUCUCUCCCUCUCUGCCUCUCUCUCCCUCUGUCUGCCUGCCUCUCAAUUCAAGGUGUUUUAUUGGCAUGGGAAACAUAUGUUUACAUUGCCAAAGCAAGUGAAAUUGAUAAACAAAAGUACUCUGGCUGGCUCUCUCCUCCCUUCUCGGUCGGUCUCUCUGGCUGGCUGGCUCUCUCUCCUCCCUUCUCGGUCGGUCUCUCUGGCUGUCUGGCUCUCUCUCCUCCUCCUCGUGUGCUGCCUGUCAGUCAGCCUUUCGUGCUCUGUGCCUGUUUGUCUCUCUGUCUGUCUUAGUACCUCCACUCUACCAUGGUCGGAAUAAAGGCAUGUCCUGAAUGAAGGACUUCUGGA